AUGUCUUCAAGGAAGUUUUCCCUCCUUUUCUGUUCGAGUUUGUUGUUGUGCUUCCUCAGUGUUGAUUCUUCUAGUUUGCAUUGCCCAGCAGAUAUUUGCCAGUGUUACGAAAACCAUUUAGAAGAAACAGUUUGGAAUUGCACAAGACUAACAUCAGCCAGCCAACUUUGGAAUGGUGGACAUUUGCCGCUUCAUGGUGACCUUCAAAAAUCUGAACUUGUGCAACAUCUCCUCAUUGCAGAUUCAAAAAUAGAUUUUCCUGAUGAUUUAACUCCUCAUUUCCCCAAUCUCAAGACAUUGGAGCUAUCCAAUAACUUGAUCAUUUGUUCAAAACAUUUGAUUUGGCUACUCAAAUUGAAUGACAAGCUUCAAGACCCAGAAAAUGUCCAAUGUACCUCACCUCAAACUUUUAAUGGAACUCAAAUCUUGAAGGCCUUGCAGUUAAUUCAUGAUGUGGAUGCCAGGUGUCCUGAGCGCUGUGUGUGUGAAUUAGCUCAUGUUCACAAAGAUGAUCAAUAUGUUACAGUCAGGGUUAGCUGUAACAACCUUGGAUUAACAGAAAUACCCAAAACUCUUCCAGAAAAUGUGACCAUUCAUAUGGAUCUGAGCAACAAUAGAAUUGAAGAUGUAAGUGAGCUAACUAAAAAUCCCAGCUACAGCAGAGUGACUGUUUUAUAUCUAGCCAAUAAUCGAAUCCAAUCAAUUUCAAGCUUGGAGGAUUCUGAUUGGAUCAAACAGUUUAGUCUGUUAAGUCUUCAAGGAAACCUUCUAAAAGAAAUCCCUACAGAUGCACUGAAUAAUGUAUUUCAUCAUCAAGACAUCAACGGCGUUCGCAUGCUUCUUAGUAACAAUCCCUGGAAAUGUGACUGCAUUACCAUUACCCAGUUUCAGUCGUUUAUUGCCAAGCACAAACAGCUGGUCAAAGAUGUUAGCAAUGUCACGUGCGGCCCAGCAGAAGGGGAAAGCGCUGGCAAAAAGGUAAUUGCGGUAGAGCUGACCAGCGUUUGCAGCACUGUGGGAAACAACGCUAUAAAUCUAAUGGAUGUGUUAAAUGUAAUCUUGGCUCUUUUAACUCUGGCUACCAUCGGCAAACUCCUUUAUGACUAUUACGCUUAUCGCAAGACGGGGCAACUACCGUGGAUCGCUAGCAAACUGCCAUAA